AUGGAAUCCUUACUAUAUCACCUUGAAACCAUCUAUCUCUUCAGCCGUAAUGACAUCAAAGUCGCCAUUUAUAUGGGCUUCCUCUUCGGCGCGCUGAACGCCUCUGUCGCUUCUGCGUUCGCCAUGGGACCAUCUCUCUCCCUCCAACAAAUAUUAGCGUCUGCACCUUCGAUGCUCCUGUGGUCCUGGAGCCAUCUAUUUCUCUUCAACCUUCACAACCAGCGGCAUGCUUCUUCCAUCGCCGAAGACGCCAUCAACAAGCCCUGGCGGCCUCUCCCAUCAGGGCGCCUGACCUCCCAACAAGCAACUUGGAUGAUGUACUGCAUGUAUCCAGUCGUCUUCCUCGUCUCGUUGAACGCUGGAGGACUGGUCCCAUGUCUUGUGGAAACGACGUUAUGCCUGUGGUACAACGAGUUAGGAGGAUCAAACAAUCCCUUCCUCAAGAACGUCCUCAACGCCUUUGGAUUCUCCUGCUUCUUUGCAGGGCCUCUCGAAGUGGUCACAGGACACUCCAUCUUUUCUGGCGAUAUGAAGGCAGCUACCUGGCUCUUAAUUCUCGCCUCGGCCAUCACCACCAUGAGCCACGCUCAGGACUUCCGGGACAUGGUGGGAGAUAAAGCUGCCAAUCGCAAAACUAUACCGCUCCUGAUUGGUGAUAUGAAUGCCAGGGUGGUUUUGGCAGUCGGUGUCGCAACCUGGACUGCAAUUGCCUGCUGGUUCUGGGAGGCAGGGCCUCGCGAAAGUCUCGCCGCCUGGGCUGCUGGGCUUGCAAUGGUUGGGAAUUUCUUCAGAGACAGGACGCAAAAGGGAGACUCUCUGUCGUGGAAGUUGUUCCCGCUUUGGUUGCUUGUUACUGGCAAUAUAGGAUAG